AUGUCCGGUAACGGUGCUCAAGGUACUAAGUUUAGAAUCUCAUUAGGUCUACCAGUCGGUGCCAUCAUGAACUGCGCUGACAACAGUGGUGCCAGAAACUUGUACAUUAUUGCCGUCAAGGGUUCUGGUUCCAGAUUGAACAGAUUGCCUGCCGCCUCCCUAGGUGAUAUGGUUAUGGCCACUGUUAAGAAAGGUAAGCCAGAAUUAAGAAAGAAGGUUAUGCCAGCUAUUGUUGUUCGUCAAGCCAAGUCCUGGAGAAGAAGGGAUGGUGUCUUCUUGUAUUUUGAAGACAAUGCUGGUGUCAUCGCCAAUCCAAAGGGUGAAAUGAAGGGUUCUGCUAUUACCGGCCCAGUCGGUAAGGAAUGUGCCGAUUUGUGGCCAAGAGUUGCAUCUAACUCCGGUGUCGUUGUGUAA